AUGGAGAAUACUGCGGAGAAACCAAGCGACAACAAGGCCACCAUCGUCAAGAACACGGCUCAGCUCUCCAAGAUCCCACGUCAUAUCAGUCAUCCACUCAAGGAGGAGCAAGAGGAGGAACUACAACAGGCAAAUGCGGAGAACACUGCGGAGAAACCAAGCGGCAACAAGGCCACCAUCGUCAAGAACACGGCUCAGCUCUCCAAGAUCCCACACCAAUCCACUCAGCCAGGGCAAGAGAAGUCACGACAGCAGGCGAAUGCGGAGAACACUGCGGAGAACACUGCGGAGAUAGUCAUCAGCAGCAGUGACACAAUAGGCCUACUCUCCACGGUCUCACACCAAUCCACUUAG